GGCUAAUUCGACAAUUUCCCUUUUCUUGGAGAGAACGACAGACACAUCAAACCUUCUCCCAACUUGAAAUUUAAACCUAAAAACAUUCAUCUCCAUUAUAGUUCAGAGUCGCCAUUACAACUAAGGAAGACGAUUACGAUCAGAUUAACGUGUUUCUGCUUAAUCACUUUCAGGAGAUGGAUACUUUAUUAUCAUCAGAAGGAGAUUCUCAGAGGACUCAGUAUCCAUAUGUGACGGGUACAUCCAUCAUUGGGAUCAAGUACAAGGAUGGAAUUCUCAUGGCUGCUGACAUGGGAGGGUCAUACGGAUCCACUAUUCGCUACAAGAGUGUUGAACGACUAAAGCAAGUGGGAAAACAUUCUCUUAUUGGUGCAAGUGGAGAAAUCAGUGAUUUCCAAGAAAUUCUGAAAUACCUUGAUGAACUCAUCUUGCAUGACAAUAUGUGGGAUGAUGGGAACUCACUUGGACCUAAAGAGGUGCACAACUAUUUAACUCGGGUGAUGUACAAUCGCCGCAACAAAUUCGACCCAUUAUGGAAUUCACUUGUAAUUGGUGGAGUGAAAAAUGGACAAAAGUAUCUUGGAUCGGUUAGCAUGAUCGGUGUACAUUAUGAGGAUGAUCAUCUUGCGACUGGAUUUGGAAAUCACCUUGCCCGACCUAUACUUCGUGAGGAAUGGAGGGAGGACUUGAGUUUUGAGGAGGGUGUCAAGUUAUUGGAGAAAUGCAUGCGUAACCUUCUAUACCGUGAUAGGUCUGCUGUUAACAAGCUUCAGAUAGCAAAGAUUACAGAGGAAGGUUUGACCGUGUCCCAGCCUUACUCUCUCAAGACGUUUUGGAACUUUGCUGCUUUUCAGAAUCCAACAGUGGGUGCCACGGGAUCAUGGUAGUAUCUAACAUGUGGUACUUUGACUUGAUCUUAAUCUAUCUCUCUUUAUGUUUAAAUCUGCUGCUAGGAUCUGAUUGUAAGAAUACUAUUUAUUUGAGCAUUUUGUUGCACAAUGAGACAUCCAUCCAUCCAUCACAUUUCAUGUCUGUGUGCUCUUUGCCAGUAUUUAUUUAUAUUCCAAGACAAUAAUAGUCGGUUUCAGUU